AUGACUUCGGAUCAAAAUGAGCCUCUUCUCGCACAAUAUGGCAGCGACGACGAGGGCCUGGAGCAUAAAUUCCCGCGCGCAUGGGAACCUUCGUUGCUUGAAUCUCGUUGGAGACAGAAUAUUGCUGUUCAUGGCACGCUGAUACUGUUGUACACAGUCAUAUCGGCUAUGGUUGUCUACCGCUAUACUUCGCUACCGGAUGCUUCUUCAUCUUGCAUACGUUCCAACACCAUACCGAUACCCUUCACAACACAUCCCGUCACCUUCCACAACUUGUCUCAAACACGCUACGCGGGGGAUAAGCCGAAGCAGGACUUGGACGCCGCGUGGGAAGACCUCCUUCGGCCCAUGAACAUGCGAUUUACGAAAGAGGAGCUGGAGAGCGCGAAUCAGCACUCCGUGGCUUUACCGGAAGGAGGUGGCUAUCUUCGCUGGUUCGGCGUCUUCCACGUGCUUCAUUGCACUGUACGUCCGUCCGCUCAAGUUACACCAGUAGAGUGA